ACUAGUGUGGAUGAUGGUUGUUGACACCGCGUAUUUACUUGAUUUUCUUCAGGUGUAUUUAGAUAAAAAGGAAGGUGUGAAUACGAAGGACGUUACGAAGGAUCUGUCUCAUAUGGCGAUUCUUCGAGAUGUGGUGAAGGUGGAGAAUCAGAUCCCGUUGUUUUUACUCAGGAAGAUGUUGGCCUAUAUAAAAACUGGUGAACUAAAGAACUCAGAUGAUGCUGAUAACAUGUUGAAGACAAUGUUGAAAGAGUUGUAUCGCGAUCUUACUCCGUUUGUCGGAGAAGAGUUUCGGGAUCAUGUUCCUAUCGAAAAGUGCGUUCACCUGCUCGACUUUCUCUACCACAUGACUGUGCCCGAAGCCGAAUUCUACAGCAACAUAAACCCUAGCACAGCGAAUUAUCAUGAGAUCGACAUGCCGGACGAUCCAACCAGCGACUUGCUAGUUCAAGAUGAAAAAGAAGAAUCUUUAGCAAAAAGCCCUGAUGUUUCAAAGGUUUGGAAUGUCAUAUUGCAAGUAAUCAAGAAAGUAGGUGUUAUCAAGAAAUUCAAGUUGGGGAAGCCAAUGGCUGUGUGUAAUAAAUUACCAUUAGCUUCUCUUCUCAAACCAAUAUGGGAAACCAUUUUUGGUAGAGGACAGGAGAAACCGAAGGAUGAAAGUGAUGAGCCAAAAGCCCCAAAGAUAGAAGAGAUCAAGAUCCCGUCGGUUAAAGAUAUGGCCAAAGCAGGAAUCCGUUUCAAACCGGUUGAAGGUGGAAUAUCCAACAUUAGUUUUGAUGUCAAAACACGUACGUUGUACCUCCCGAAGGUGGAACUGGAUGGGAACAACAAGGUUUAUUUAAGAAACCUGGUAGCACACGAAGCUUGUGUUGCAACGGGACCAUUGGUGAUGGCUCGUUACACCGAGUUAAUGAAUGGGAUAAUCGACACAGAACAAGACGCAAAGUAUUUGAGUAAAAGAGAUCGAUAUAGUGUUCAACUAUUUGAAGAAUGAUAAAGAGGUUGCUGAUUUAUGGAACGGAAUGAGUAAAUCUGUGAAGUUGACAAAGUUGGAUUACAUGGAUACAGUGGUUGCAAAUGUGAAUAAGAUGUAUGACUAAACAUGGAGGGUGAAAUUGUCCAAGUUAUUGAAGAAAUAUGUGUUUGCAUCUUGGAAGAUUUUAACAUUGUUGGCUGCUUUGCUUAUGUUGUUCUUGACUACUGUACAAGCUUUUUGCUCGGUGUAUAGUUGUAUUCGAGUGUUCCAUCAGCUCCCAGAGAUUCCUGCUCAAGGGGUCGAGUGAGUAUACUAUGUACUAUGUGUGUGUUUUUCUUUAAAAAAUUAGUAACUUGUAAGACUUUGACUUAAGUAUAUCU